AAGUUUUACAAAAGAAGUGUUGUUACCCAGGUUUUAAGGCUGAAAAAGCUGAGGCAUCCUGAGAAAUGCCCAGUGUCCCACAAUGCGCUAGGAAGGCAAGCAGUAAGCUGUAGUAAAAUGCACCUGCAGCUGCCCAGACAAUUCUGAACGUGGCAUGAUACAGCCCUCCAGAGGCGGUGUCUCGCUGUCCCAUUCAGCAUGGCUUUGGCAUGACUUCUGAGCACAAGAUAACAUCCAUGCAUCUGCACCAGAAAAGAUGCUUAUAUCCUUUGAGCUGGGCAGUAGAGCUAUGCCACCCCCUCUGUAACUUUUACCCUAUGCCUGACUCAUUACGAGUGACAUCAGUUUUCUCAGCAGAAACCAUCAGGCUUCAUAACUAUGUGCAGAGACCAGUUUCCACUUCUUUCUUCUGUGUUGACAUUCUGCUUUGAGGGUGCUGGCUGACUUCCCUGGGUCAGCACAAGAACUCUGAGCUGUUUAUUACUGUAGAUGGUAGGUUUGGAACUGGUCCAAAUUAGGUCAAGAAAUCUCCUCAUGUGGCAACCUAGUGUCCCGUGUGAAAGGACCACGUUUCAGCUCAGCCCCUGGUGGACAAGGAGGUGUGUUCAGAACAAUCUGAUGGACAUCCGUGCUGCUGCUGGCAGCGAGGGGACUGCAGGGAGCUGACACCAAGCCACGCUUCCUCUCAAUGUUAUCCACUCUAUUCAGUGUGAAGGGGAAGCUUUGUCUCACUACUGCUGUUCUCCCACCAGCAGAAUUGUUUGCAGUGGUAGUGCAAUCCAACAUAAAAGAGCAAGGUUAAACUUGCAGGGUAGGUGAGGCACAGCUUUACUUCUCUUUGAUCAACAGAAUGGUCAUAUGGAUGAGAGAUUCCCUCAGCCUGCUGCAGUGCUUUAGCUCUUGAGCAGGACCUUCUUUGGUAUCUCCAGUGAUGUCUGCUCUGUUGAAAGCAAUGGUUGCUAAAAUCAGGGCCAUCAGCACUAGCCAACUGGUACAGCUGGUGCAAACAAUUCCAUUUUCUACUAUGUACAUUUAAGUCUCCUCUGCCCCACUCAAAAGAAAUCUCUAAUGCACAGUACCCCUCUGCAUCUACAAUACUGCUCAUAAAAGACAGCAAGAAGAGAGGUGGUGUUUAGUGUCCUGCUGAAGAUGUGAAAUUAACAGGCUUUGUGAGAGACAAGCAGAAUUUAUUUUUGCCUCCUGGUUUCCUGCAGUGAGCAAGCAUCUCAGGCAUUAACACUCCAGCGUAUUGGCUUCCUACGCACUAGAGGUUACAGUUUCAGUCAUCAGAGCCCUGCUAAAAGAUACGCUGUCAGUAGCACGUGUUCACUGUUGUUCUGCACCAAAUGACAUCUGAUGCAUCCUCCAUCACAUGUGGCUAUGCAGUAGGUCUCAACAGUGCAAGAAGCAAAAAAAAUCGAAGAAACCACAACAAAGAAAGUCCAGUAGCAAUCAGUAAACAGAAUAAAGCCCAUACAUCUUUGGCAAUAGCAGGCCACAGGCAGCUGCUGCAUGGCAGUUCUGCUGGAAACAAUCAGGAGUCUCCGAGGUCACAAAAAAAAGGUCACAAUUCCAACUGGGACACUGAACACGGACCUCCAGGGCACACAGAAAUGGAGCAGAUCCACUGCUUACCUAGACCCAUUUAACUGAUGAUGCUGUGUUUGUAUAGCACUUGAAGCAUGCCAAACAAACAACCAGUCAGCUGGCAAACCCUACCUCGUCAGUUGGGGUGGGGAAGGUAUUAUUGGAAAGGGAGCAAGGCAGAGCUGUGGAAUAGCUUCUGGAGAGCAACACUGCGUAGCUGAGCCAGGUUCUUCAGAUGGAACUCUCUUGUCUCCCAACUGCACUGCCUCUGAAAUAUGCUGCCUACAUCUAGGCACACAGGUCAGUAUAGGCUAUUCCCCACCCUGGUGACUGUGUUUUGUAUCCCUCUGCAUACAUCUGUAAACAUUGCCUCUUUAUGCAUGGAUAUGGCCUCCUUUGCUGGCCUUCCUUCCUUUUAGGCUCACAGGUAGCAACGGAGCAAGCAGUGGGCUAAAGGCAGCACUGCAGUGUGCCCUUCUGAUCGGCUUGGGUGUAUGAAUUCCUUGAGGAAUGAGUUGAGAAAACUGGCUUUAGAUUCAUUUUUUAAGGCCUUUGGGUUUUAAAGGAGAAAUGAAUGACUUGGGGAAGCAGCUUAUCCCUUCCAUCCUUCAGUGUAUGUAGGUCAGUGGUUUUUUGAAGUCUUUUCCAAAGAUGCUUGGGCCUGGGAGGAAAGGGGGCAAGAAAUGUUUUAAAAGAGGAGAGGCAAAGAAGUCAGAGGAAAAUGAUGCUGAAACAUUUACUUUCUAAGAAUUCAAUUAUAGCAGUGGUCUCAGCAAGGUAGUUACAUACAUAAUUAGGGUGGUAUGAUGGCAGUGGGAAUAGAAGCUACUUACAAAGCAAAAAGUUAUGUAUUAAAGCAGGUAAGUCAAGAGUGCAAGUUGUGCUCAAACAGCUAUCAGGCCUAUUAAAGGCUAGAAGCUGUGUUAGUUGCUGAAUAAAUCAAGGAGAAUCACUUGACAUUUGCUAGCUGGAAGAGGAGGGUUCCCCUUUAAAGAAGGGCUUCAUCUCCACAUCCUCAUAGACUUGAGCAAUGACACCGUACAUCUGAGCUUUCUCUGGAAAUACUAACGCUGAACUGCUUAGAGAGAGGACAAGGUUAUUAGCUUCAGCAGGAAAUGGAAAUUUGCCCGUAAUAGACACACAGAAUAGAAUUGUCUGUAGUGCGAAGCUUUGGAGCUUACCCAUGCAAAAUGAGAAAAUGAUCUAAAUUUAAAAUUGUCCUCAGUAUCAUGGAAAGGGAUUUUGCAGCAUGCUUGUCUCCCUUCACCUUACCACAUCAAAACCUGCAGAGAUUGGCUUAAUUAAUUUAGGCUUAAAAGCAGGACCUCAGUCCUCUUAGAAAUGGUUACUGUUAAGGGGAGAAAUAAGCUUUUCUCAAAGUGAUAUAGGCCAGUACCUUUCUUCAGUGCAUGUUUGAGGAUGCCUUCCAGAUCAGAAGGACAGUUCAAAUGUGGCAGAUCUUUCAGACACAGCCUUACUGAGGACUCUUCAGUUACCUACUAAAAGCUUCCAAGACCUGGAUGAAGACAGGGCAGAGGCAAAGGACAGCAAUUGAUGUGACUUCUCAGUAGUGGAGUUGCUUCUGUAGCUGGCCAGCCAAUUGAAAAUCUCCAGGGAAGACCAUGCAGCCUUUUUCAGCAUGCAAGGCAUUGCUUUGCUGUAUUUGCACUUGCAUGAUGUGUAUGGAGACCCAGCCUACCUUCAGGUGGCCCACGAGUACGUGAAGAAAAGCCUGAGCUGUCUGACAAAACGAUCCAUCACUUUCUUGUGUGGAGAUGCUGGGCCCCUGGCAGUGGCUGCUGUUGUCUACCACAAACUGCAGAACCAGAAGCAAUCAGAAGACUGCAUCACUCGUUUGCUCCAUCUACACAAGCUUGACCCACGAGUUCCAGAUGAACUGCUGUACGGGCGCAUAGGCUAUCUCUAUGCGCUAAUAUUUGUGAACAAGCACUUUGGAGAGGAAAAGAUCCCUCAAAGUCACAUUCAGCAGGUCUGUGAAGCAGUUGUAGCCUCAGGAGAGAGCUUGGCCAAAAGGAGGAACUUCACAGCAAAGAGCCCGCUGAUGUAUGAGUGGUACCAGGAGUACUAUGUAGGGGCAGCCCAUGGUUUGGCUGGGAUUUACUACUAUCUCAUGCAGCCUGGCCUUGGAGUGAGCCAAGUAAAACUGCACAACACAGUCAAACCCAGCGUGGACUACGUCUGCCAACUAAAGUUCACAUCUGGAAAUUACCCUCCAUGCAUCAAUGACACCAGAGACCUACUCGUCCACUGGUGCCAUGGGGCACCAGGUGUUAUCUACAUGCUUGUCCAGGCCUACAAGGUCUUUGGGGAGCAGCAGUAUCUAAAUGAUGCCUUGCAGUGUGCAGAAGUGAUCUGGCAGCAUGGGUUACUGAAGAAAGGCUAUGGGCUGUGCCAUGGGACAGCUGGCAACGCUUAUGGCUUCCUCACACUGUACAACCUCACGCAGAAUAUGAAAUACCUGUACAGGGCUUGCAAGUUUGCAGAGUGGUGUUUAAGCUAUGGCCAACAUGGGUGCAGGACUCCAGACACACCAUUCUCUCUCUUUGAAGGAAUGGCUGGAACGAUUUACUUUCUUGCUGACCUGCUGGUGCCAACCAAGGCGAAAUUCCCUGCAUUUGAACUCUAAAUCUGAGUUUGGCAGUUUCCUGCCUGAAUCCUUCCGCACUGGGAAAAACAGUUCGAAGCUGUUUUCUCCUUCUUCCAAACUCAUCAUUGUUCACCUGACAAUGUAAAUCCAUCCUUCUGAGGGCAUGCUGAGUUUUCUAAUAUUUCUAGUCAUCUCAUUGCAUUGUUUCAAUUUAAAAGACAGAAUACACAUUUUGCUGUUGUCUCUUAAAAACACAGAGCUGAAGGUGGGAGCAUGGAUAAAAUGCACAGUAUUUUGUUGGCUAUAGAGUUCUGCUGUUUUCUGUGUCCCAUUUCCUGGCAAGAAAUUUUCUAUUUAAUGUAACUUUGGCCAUUUUUUUUUUUUUUUUUGUGUGCUGACAAAUAGUUGCAGGAAUUUAGUUGCCUUUGGAAAAUGAAAAACUGAGACUCUUGCCCUGCAAGUUGCUUUUAAGUGUUUUCUUUCUGAGCAGCCAGGGACUAGGCAGUUCAGUAGCUGCGCUGCUCCACGCAAAGCAAAUGUGAUGGACUGUGGAGUCUUUAUAUAUGUUUUUUUAAUGUCAAGAUUGCAAGUGGCACAGCUGGAACUGACAUACCAAAGCUUGCCCUGAAUUUUCACCUGUCUUUUUUAAAGACAAAGGCUAUGUAUAGCUCUUCUGUGCUUUUUUUCCAGUGACAGACAAAUAAUCCACUAGCUUUUGUGCUUAUUUGCCCAUCUUAUGCUAAACCUUGCAGAAGUCCAUUGAUGAUUUAAUGGAAAACCCCAGUCUAGAAGUGAGCUAAGCGCGCUUGCUGGUGUGGUCUCUUCUGUUUACCUUUGAAAGUUGAUUCUGCAGUCAUUAUUUAAAAUUGUGUAUGAAUACUAUAGGUGUUAGUUGAUGCUAGGCCCACCAGCAGCAGCAUGGGAAAUGAAAUGUAUUCCACUGAGUUUUUCAGUGUUUAACCUAUUACCUAUAUAGAUGUUUACAUGCUUUGUUUUAUAAGCUUUCCUGAACCUGAUAAUUUGAGCCACUUGUUUGCCUUGUUACUGCUUGUUGUAGUUUGAUAUGCAACCACACAUCAACCCAACUGGAAAAUCUGCCCUAGGUUAAAUAGCUUUGACCUGUCAAGCAGACCAGAUACUUGCAAGGGGUAAUCUACUUUUCCAUCCUUAGCUGAUGCUAUACUAAUUUGCAGCAAUUAGGGACAUGACCCUGUAAAACACUUCCUUAGCACUAAGCAUGAGCUAAACUCUGAGCAGAGUGAUAGUUACUGAUGCAGCUGUACCACUUUGCUGAUUGAGGGCAGCUCCUCUGCCUGCACAACAGUGGACAUGAGUUCUCAUCUUUUAAGGGCUCAGUUGCUGAGUGCCUCAGGCCGCUUAAGAGCAGGCAAGCAGCUGCAGGGCAGUAUCGGCAGGCUCCAAGCCAGCAUGCUCCUGCACCAGCGAUAGGUGAAGCAGGAGAACCAGACCUGGCAUACUAAUGCAGCUAGCUCACAGGUGCCUGAAUGCAAGGCAGCCUCGCCGCAGUGGCAUAGGCAGACCUCCAAGAACCUGCUGGAUGGGCUGCUCCAGCAAAGAAUAGAAACCAUUCCUGGAAGGCUGCCUGAUCCUCAAAGCCCAGCCUCCUGUUGCCAUCACAUGUUUUCUGGAAGUUCAUCAAAAGACAGCCUGAAUUGCAGAGUAACUUUGGGCCCAGCAUCCCCAUCAGAAGCUCGUGCAGACUCAGCAGUGGUCAUCCCCUGUUGUUCAUGGGGCCUAAACAACACAGGGAGGUGACUGGAAAGGAGAAAGCACAGCCCCAAGAGCGUGAUUUGGCUAAUCAAAACAGUUUGGGGGUGGGAUCCUGUAGUACGUGAGGCCUGCUGUAAUUUACCUCCUCACUUGGCUGGUGUGAUGGCAGCGUAGGGACGUUGCUCUGAGCCUGGGCUUCUCCUGGGCACUGCUUCUGUAAAGGAGAUGGUUUGUGCAGCCUGAUGUCACAGCACCAUCACACCCCAGGGUUCGUACACCCCAGGGGAUUGUCAGGGCCUGGUGUACAACUGCAGAGUGGAGCACUGUUUAAUAAAAAUGCUGAAAUGAACAA